AUGCCGCGAGAGUAUGAGGGCAUCCUGACGCCCGAGGCAAUCUCCUUCGUCGCGCACCUUGCGCGCAUGUUCACUCCACGCGUCACCGAGCUGCUCGCCCGCAGGAAGUCUGUGCAGGCGCGGCUGGACGCCGGGGAGCGGCCGCACUUCCUCGGCGAGACCCGCCGCAUCCGCGAAUCCGACUGGAAGGUGGCGCCGAUCCCGGCGGACAUUCAGGACAGGCGGGUGGAGAUUACGGGCCCAGUGGACCGUAAAAUGGUCAUCAACGCGCUCAACUCCGGCGCCAACGUGUUCAUGGCCGACUUUGAGGACUCCAACGCGCCCACCUGGCGCAAUCAGAUCGAGGGUCAGAUGAACCUGAAGGACGCGGUGCGUCGCAGCAUCACCUACAAGGACCCCAAGUCCGGCAAGACCUACCAGCUCAAACAACAGGCAAGCCUUCCACCCCUUACGGCGGUGCUGUUUGUGCGGCCGCGCGGGUGGCACCUGCAGGAGAAGCACGUGCACGUCGACCGCCUGCCGGUGCCGGCCGCGAUCUUUGACUUCGCGCUCUACUUCUUCCACAAUGCUGCUGAGCUGCGCAGCCGCGGCUCCGGCCCCUACUUCUACCUGCCCAAGAUGCAGUCCCACCUGGAGGCCCGCCUCUGGAACGACGUCUUUGUCGAAGCCCAGGCCGAGCUCGGCAUCCCCCGCGGCACCAUCCGGGCAACGGUGCUGAUAGAGACGCUGCCGGCGGCGUUUGAGAUGGAUGAGAUUCUGUGGGAGCUGCGCGAUCACAGCGCGGGGCUCAACUGCGGCCGCUGGGACUACAUCUUCUCCUUCAUCAAGACACUGCGCGAAGACCCCUCUGCCGUCAUGCCUGACAGGGGAGUUGUGACGAUGGAGCAGCCGUGCAUGCGGGCGUACAGCCUGCUGCUGAUCAAGACCUGCCACCGGCGCGGGGUGCAUGCCAUGGGCGGCAUGGCCGCUCAGAUCCCAGUCAAGAACAAUCCCCAGGCCAACGAGGCCGCCCUUGCCAAGGUGACCGCUGACAAGCAGCGGGAGGUGCGAGACGGUCACGACGGCACAUGGGUCGCCCACCCGGCACUCGUGCCCAUCGCCAAAACCAUCUUUGACGCCGGCAUGACCACGCCCAACCAGAUCGGCAAGGCGCGCUCGGACGUGAGUGUGAGCGAGCGGGACCUGCUGGCGGUGCCCAAGGGCCCGCGCACGGAGGCGUGUCUGCGCAAUAACUGCGUCGUGGGCGUGCAGUACCUGGAGGCCUGGCUCGGCGGGCUCGGCUGCGUGCCCCUCUACAACCUUAUGGAAGACGCCGCCACCGCCGAGAUUUGCCGCACCCAGGUGUGGCAGUGGCUGCACCACAAGGUGAAGCUGGACGACGGGCAGGUCAUAACGCGGGAGCACUUCGGCCGCAUGCUCACCGAGGAGAUGGACAAGCUGCGCAGGGAGCUGGGCGAGGCACGCUGGAGCCGCGGCCACUUCCCCGAAGCCAUCCGCCUCUUCCACGAAUUCUCCACCUCCGCGCAGCUCGCAGACUUCCUGACCAUCGCCGCGUACGACGCAGUCGUCUCCCGCGACUCAACCCACGCCUCCAAGCUCUAAGCAGCCGC